AUGUAUUCAUCACACAAAGAAAGGCUUGUCUUCAACAAGGAUCAUACAGGUAUCAUAACCUUCUCCGAAGAAAAUGAAGAAGAUUCCUCUCUUGAAAUUAAUCAAGAUCAUCUAAUUUCCAAUGUUAUGAAAGAGGAAGAAGAAACACAGUUGAAAUCAAAAUUAAAUCCUCAAAAUCCUCCAGUGCCACCCCCACGAAAUCGUUCUCGCAUCAAAUCACCAACAAAAUCAUUGGACAAUGUCCUAGGAAGGCUAUUUGAACAAAUCAAAGAGAAGGAUGCUCAAAAUCCAGCCUUGCACUAUCCGCAAGCCGUAAAACUAAACAAGAUCCUGUAUUAUACCAUCGGAGGAAUAAUUUUCACCUUGCUAUUUUCAUGGCUUGAAUAUUCUCAAACAGUCUUACUCAUUACUCCUUUAAUAAUUUUUGUGGCAAUUGGAAAGAUUAAUUUGUAUCCGAGCGAUUAUUUGUAUAGUCCUAAAUAUUCAAUAACCUUUCAUCAAUUAAGAGAAUCAAUUCGAUUCUAUAAUAGAAUUAUUACUAAAGAAUUAUCUAAAAAGAAAAGAAAUAGGGUUCUUGCUUUGGUAGAUCCAACUGAUGUGCAGUUAAUACCUCUUGUUUUUGCUUUAAUUCAAAGUGGGCAAGAAGUGAUUGUUUUAAAUCCAAAGGAAUGUGGAUUGAAUAGCUUUUUGAAUGGAUUCCAAAACUUGACAUCGAUGCUGUUCUAG